GGCCAGCCAGCCAGCUUGCCUGCGGAGACUCCCGGGUCCGCUCGCCGGCUGGGGUUGGGGGCUGCAGCCGGGGAGGACCCGGCCGGCGCCGAGGGCGGCCCCGGGCGUUGCUAUGAGGGCAUCGCGGCGCGCGUGAGGAGGAUGCGGCAGGAGGCGGCGCGGCGGCAGGCGGAGUAGGCGGUGGUGCCCUCAGGAGGGAGCCGCUCGCGGGCCAGACGGCUCCCGGAGGCUCCGCAGUGCCGCCGCCGUUGCCGUCGCCCGGGAGGCUCCGCGCGGGAGCCAUGUAACCCUGCGGCGGAUUCCGGGCUGCUCCGUCCUUCCCCAGCUCCCGGGCGAGCGCGGUAGCGGGGCCACGAUGAAGAAGCAGUUCAAUCGCAUGCGCCAGCUGGCCAACCAGACGGUGGGCAGGGCAGAAAAGACUGAAGUCCUGAGUGAAGACCUUCUUCAGGUGGAGAAGCGCCUGGAGCUGGUGAAGCAAGUGUCCCAUAGCACACACAAGAAGCUCACGGCCUGUCUGCAGGGCCAACAGGGGGCCGAGGCGGACAAGCGCUCUAAAAAGUUGCCUUUGACAACACUGGCUCAGUGUUUGAUGGAAGGGUCAGCUAUCCUGGGAGAUGACACACUUCUUGGGAAGAUGCUGAAACUCUGUGGAGAGACAGAGGACAAGCUGGCUCAGGAGCUGAUACAUUUUGAAUUGCAAGUGGAGAGAGAUGUGAUUGAGCCCCUGUUUCUGCUGGCUGAGGUGGAAAUCCCAAAUAUUCAGAAGCAGAGGAAACAUUUAGCAAAGUUGGUGCUGGACAUGGAUUCCUCACGAACCAGGUGGCAGCAGACUUCCAAGUCUUCAGGUCUGUCCAGCAGCUUACAGCCUGCGGGUGCCAAAGCUGAUGCCCUCAGGGAAGAGAUGGAGGAGGCUGCCAACAGAGUGGAGAUUUGCAGGGACCAACUCUCCGCUGACAUGUACAGUUUUGUGGCCAAAGAAAUCGACUAUGCAAACUACUUUCAAACGCUAAUAGAAGUGCAAGCUGAAUACCACAGGAAGUCAUUGACACUGUUGCAGGCUGUAUUGCCUCAAAUAAAAGCACAACAAGAGGCCUGGGUUGAGAAACCCUCCUUUGGGAAGCCACUGGAGGAGCAUCUCACAAUCAGUGGCCGAGAGAUCGCCUUCCCCAUUGAGGCGUGUGUGACGAUGCUGCUGGAGUGUGGGAUGCAGGAGGAGGGACUCUUCCGAGUAGCUCCCUCUGCCUCCAAGCUGAAGAAGCUGAAAGCUGCGCUGGACUGCUGUGUGGUGGAUGUGCAGGAGUACUCGGCAGACCCCCAUGCCAUUGCAGGAGCUUUGAAAUCUUACCUCCGAGAGUUGCCAGAACCACUCAUGACCUUUGAACUCUAUGAUGAGUGGAUCCAGGCGUCCAAUAUCCAGGAGCAGGAGAAGAGGCUCCAGGCCCUGUGGAAUGCUUGUGAGAAACUGCCCAAGGCCAAUCAUAACAACAUCCGAUACUUGAUCAAAUUUUUAUCGAAGCUGUCAGAAUAUCAAGAUAUAAACAAGAUGACUCCAAGUAACAUGGCAAUUGUCUUAGGACCCAACCUCCUCUGGCCGCAAGCAGAAGGAAACAUCACUGAGAUGAUGACCACAGUUUCGCUGCAGAUCGUUGGGAUCAUCGAGCCCAUCAUCCAGCAUGCAGACUGGUUCUUCCCUGGGGAGAUAGAGUUCAACAUUACAGGCAAUUAUGGGAGUCCGGUGCACGUGAACCAUAAUGCCAACUAUAGUUCAAUGCCCUCCCCAGACAUGGACCCCGCUGACCGGCGUCAGCCCGAGCAGGCCCGCCGGCCCCUCAGUGUCGCCACGGAUAAUAUGAUGCUGGAGUUUUACAAAAAGGAUGGCCUUAGGAAAAUCCAAAGCAUGGGUGUGAGGGUCAUGGAUACAUCUUGGGUGGCUCGAAGAGGCUCCUCAGCUGGUCGGAAAGCAUCCUGCGCCCCGCCCUCCAUGCAGCCUCCCGCCCCGCCCGCAGAGCUUGCUGCGCCUCUGCCAUCGCCCCUACCGGAGCAGGUGCCCGACAGUCCCGCAGCUCCUGCGCUCUCUCCAUCUGGCGUGGGCCUGCAGCCCAUGCCUGAGCGCGCCAGCACUGCUAAAAGCAAGGAAUUGUCUCCAGGGUCUGGGCAGAAAGGAAGUCCAGGCUCCAGCCAAGGGACAACCUGUCCAGGGACGCAACCGGGGACUCAACCGGGUGCCAGCCCCAGCCAGCCACCUGCAGACCAGAGUCCCCACACCCUCCGGAAAGUUUCAAAGAAGCUGGCACCAAUUCCACCUAAGGUCCCCUUUGGCCAGCCAGGGUCUGUGACUGACCAGUCCGCUGGCCAGCCGUCCCCCGUCAGCCUGUCUCCUACUCCACCAAGCACCCCGUCGCCCUACGGACUUAGCUACCCACCGGGGUACUCCUUGGCCUCAGGCCAGCUCUCCCCGGCUGCAGCUCCUCCCCUGGCCUCUCCUUCUGUCUUUACAAGCACUUUAGCCAAAUCGCGACCCACCCCUAAGCCCCGACAGAGACCCACUCUGCCACCUCCUCAGCCUCCCACGGUCAGCCUCUCUGCCUCGAGCCCACAGUCCACGGAGCACCCCAUGCUGGAUGGCAUGUCCCCUGGGGAAAGCAUGUCUACAGAUCUUGUCCACUUUGAUAUCCCCUCCAUCCACAUAGAGCUGGGAUCGACACUCCGCCUGAGCCCCCUGGAGCACGCAAGGCGACACUCAGUGACAGACAAGAGGGACUCGGAGGAGGAAUCUGAGAGCACCGCCCUCUGACACAGCACCCUGCCCCCAACACGCGUGUACAUAACAUAACAUGGGCCCCGGAGACACGCCGCCAGGAGCAGCGUCCCUGAGCUCAACAGUAUCCUCCGUUGGCUCUUUCCUGUCACCUCCAACGUGAGGUUGGAGUUUGGCAGAAAACUGCAAUCUCUGGUCCAUGUGGGGAAUGUCGGUGGUGCAGAUUGUUUGUUCCUUAUGGGUGGUGACUUCGGCCAUUUGUUUGACCUUUGCCUUUUGACUUUGUGCCUAUUUUGAUCCAUUUUCAGCCUCCAUGACAAGUAGUACCCAUCUCUCCACCCAAGGGUCUGCUUGUCAGAAUUGUCCUUUGGGGUGGGGGUAUGAGAGAGGGUUGUUACCUGGUUACACACAAGGGCCACUGCCUUGACUGUGGACUGGGACAGGCAAUGUCAGGUCCCGGAAUAUCAGUGUAUUAGCCAGAAGAGAAGCAGGACAGGAGGGGGACUUUUCACUCAGACCUAGACUAGGGCUGGAAUUCCUGAAGUCCUGGUCACUCACCUUUUCUUGACGCCCAGGGAAGGGCCGGCCCGUGGAACACCUUUAGGCUACCCUUCAUCAGAGGGCUCCAAAAUAAUGGCUUAUAACAUUUGCUACCUAAAUUUCUGUCCCCCCUCAUGACUGAAAGUUCUUUACUCCUAUCAUUUUAUACUUCUGAAUUUAAAAGAGGAUCUUGACCAUGUCUGGAGAGUCUGUGGUAGCUCCCCAUCCCCUGAAACCCAUUAAGUCUGUCAGUCAUUUAUUUGGCCCCUCUAGGAGUCCAGCUCACUAGAAUGUGGGGUCCUGGAGCUGGUCUCUAAAUCUGGAGGUUACAGCUGAAUAGCAAUAAUCCUGUUACCCAGAGCAGGUCGAGGAGAGUAAAACCAGCCUGCGGAGACGCUGGUCCACGUGGUGGUGGGCCUGCUUUGCUCACCAGCAUCCCCUGCGCAUCCCUUCUCAUGAAGUCCCAUCCAGUUCUGGGGAGGAGGGUCGGGAGGCACUGGGAAGCCUGUUUGCACUUUGGGAUUAAGAGAGUGAGAAACAGAUCUGGGCCAUGCAUGCAGUCGAAGUUUCAAAUUUUAUCCUUUUAAAAUAGAUAUAAUAUACCUAUACAUGAUAUAAUAUUUGUAUAUAUGAAAUCUAUAUUUGUUUAAUUUGAGCCAUUCAAUCAAAACUGAUGUACAGCUGUACAAUGAAAAAAUUUAAAUGCUUAGUUAUUUUUCCCAACAGUGUAAAGUCACCCUUCUCUGAGAGUGGGAUUUGCGGACUUUUGAUGUUACAGCUUUGCUCACUUCCUGGCAAGGGCAGUUUGUAAUGGAGCCCGGGAGUUGAAAGUUCUCUUUAAAUACAUGUACAAAUUGUUGUCAAAAGUAAUGUUAUUAAAAUAGAUUUAUUAUCCCUGA